AUGUUCUUCAGAGCAUCCCUUGGCCUCGCAGCCGCUGCGGCUGUAGUUUCUGCUGCACCGGUGCAGCAGGAGAGCUCUUCUAUCGUUCUUCCCCUGAAGCGUGUCGCCAACUUCUCAUCAAUGAAGAGCAUUGUGCAGAGUGGCGAGGCUAAAAUCAGCAAGAUCAAUUCUGGUAGCAAGCUCACUGCCCGUCAAAGCUCUGGUUCUAUUACCAACGAGGAUGUUACUUACGUGGCGCCAAUCGUCGUGGGAGGAAGAACCUGGGACCUUAUUGUGGACACAGGAUCCUCGAACCUGUGGUGUGGUGCUCAGAGCUCAUGCGAGGCCACAUCGACCGGCAGAGCCACCGGAGGCAAUUUCCAGGUCUCUUACGGCAGUGGCUCUGUCUCUGGCAAAGAGUACACAGACACUGUCUCGUUCGGCGGUCUGACUGUCCGAUCUCAGUCGCUUGGUGCCGCUACAUCAGCUCAGGGUUUCACUGGCGUUGAUGGGAUCAUCGGCUUCGGUCCCGCUGAUUUGACGCAAGGCACUGUCUCCAAUGCAAACACCGUUCCAACAUUCAUGGACAACCUCUACAGCCAAGGCAGCAUUGCAAGAGAAGUGCUCGGCGUGUACUUCCGUCCAGAGUCCGGCAGUGAUACGAAUGACGCCAACGGAGAACUGACUCUCGGUGGGACCGACAGCUCCAAGUACACUGGAAGCAUUCAGUACUUCCCGCAAUUGACAAGUGGUUCAGCUGCUCCAUACUGGGGUAUCUCAAUUGCUAGCUUCACUUACGGAUCCACGACCCUAGCCUCCAACGCCCAGGGCAUUGUGGACACUGGUACAACUCUGAUUUACAUUCCCACCACCGCAUACAACAAGUUCUUGUCUGCUGCCGGAGGCAGAACUGAUAGCAGCUCUGGUCUGGCCAGCUUCACCACCAAGCCGACCGCCAACUUUGGCAUCAAGUUUGGAUCCACCACCUACAAUCUGACCCCUGCGCAAUACCUGGUGCCUACAUCGCAAUACGGCUUCUACGGAUUGUCCUCGGGCAAGUAUUACAGCUGGAUCACCGACGGUGGUAGCUCUGGCGUCAACACUAUCAUCGGCCAAAAGUUCCUCGAGAACUACUACUCCGUCUUUGACACGACCGGCUCGAGAAUUGGAUUCGCUACACGGAACUAG